AUGACACGACCAUCGGUGGACGGGAAGAUGUACGACGAAUUUUCGAAUUCGGCUUCAUCUUUGAGAAUUGAAGUGCGUGAAUUUGACGAGAUUUCGAAUCCGAUUUAUCCUGUCGGCACGGGUCGAGAUCAAGAAGCAUGUGAGUUUUACCUUAUGCGCGUCUCGAUCUUGACGUUUGUCGUGGUAUCGUCGAAGCUUGUUGGCGGGAGGAGCACGCUGCCGACGUCGGGAGAAAAGAGAGGACGCCGUAUGCGGUGGAAGAGAUGGUCGUCUGUGCGAGAGAGAGGCAGAGGGCGACGACGGGCGGCAGCAGGUGGCGGAUGGACGACUAUGGUCAGAGAACGAGCGGUAGAUCUGCCACGAGACGGAAAAUUAAGCAAGAUGAGCGCGGCGGAUCUGGUGGCUGAGAGCACACAUGGGAAUCUAGACGAGCAGAUUUCUCAGCUCAUGCAGUGCAAGCCUUUAUCAGAACCGGAGGUUAGGGGCUUGUGCGAAAAGGCAAAAGAAAUACUAAUGGACGAAAGUAAUGUUCAGCCGGUAAAAAGCCCAGUUACAAUUUGUGGUGAUAUUCAUGGCCAGUUUCAUGAUCUUGCCGAACUAUUUCGUAUUGGAGGGAAGUGCCCAGACACAAACUAUCUUUUCAUGGGAGAUUAUGUGGAUCGUGGCUACUAUUCAGUUGAAACUGUAACUCUUUUAGUGGCUCUGAAGGUGCGAUAUCCUCAACGGAUCACAAUUCUUCGAGGAAACCAUGAAAGCAGACAGAUCACUCAAGUAUAUGGAUUUUAUGAUGAAUGUCUGAGGAAGUAUGGUAACGCCAAUGUUUGGAAGAUAUUCACAGACUUGUUUGACUAUUUCCCUCUGACUGCAUUGGUUGAAUCAGAGAUAUUCUGUCUGCAUGGUGGAUUGUCCCCGUCUGUUGAAACCCUUGAUAACAUAAGGAACUUUGAUCGCGUUCAAGAAGUUCCACACGAGGGUCCAAUGUGCGAUCUUUUGUGGUCUGAUCCUGAUGAUCGAUGUGGUUGGGGUAUCUCACCACGUGGUGCUGGGUACACUUUUGGUCAGGACAUAUCUGAGCAAUUCAACCACACUAACAAUCUCAAAUUAAUUGCAAGAGCCCAUCAGCUGGUUAUGGAAGGAUAUAAUUGGGCCCAUGAACAAAAGGUUGUGACCAUUUUUAGUGCACCGAACUAUUGUUACCGGUGUGGAAAUAUGGCAUCCAUUUUGGAAGUCGACGACUGCAGGGAGCAUACAUUCAUCCAGUUUGAGCCAGCUCCAAGGAGAGGAGAACCUGAUGUUACCCGUAGAACUCCCGACUAUUUCUUGUAG